AUGGACGCAGCAGCCUCCACCUCAACAUCUGACGCCCUGGAUGAACCUGGGGACUUCACCUGGACUUACCUGCCGGACGUCUGCCUGCGAAGGGUCUUCAGGUUCCUGCCUGACCGCGACAGAGCGAGGGCGGCUCUGGUUUGCCGGCACUGGAACCGGAUCAUGUACUCGCCGGACCUCUGGAGGUUCCGCUCCUUCUCCUUCUCGGGCAGAUCUUCCAAAUCCCGUCGCUCGGAGUUCGAGUCAGCCGUCUGGUAUGCCAAGAAGUUUGGGAGCUACCUGGAGAACCUGGAGAUCAAGUACACAAACCCGCACAACUCCCUGGUGUCCAAGAGGUUCCAGGCUGCCAUGAGGACCUUCCUGGCCGUUUUGAGGAAGGACAACAGCCGCCUGAGGUCCUUCACCAUCUCCUACCUGGAGCUGGACAGGGCAGCCUGGUCACAGAGCGUCAGGAACGCUCUGCUCAAGAGUCUGUGCCUCUUCUUGCGCAGGGAGAGCCGGCACCUUGAAUACCUGAACUUCAAAGGGGCCAGGGUCAGCCUGCCACAGGGGUGCACCUUGCUGAGCUCGGUCAGCCAUUCGGAGAGGAACUCCUCCAUCUCUGAGCUCAACAUUGAAGACUUCUUCUGCAUGCCCAUCGCCGUCCACGCCCACACCAUCUUCAGCCAGACCCUAGCCAGGUUUCAGAACCUCUCCAAGCUCUCCUUGAACUACGCAUGCAUCUCCGACGAGGUCCUGGAGACCCUCGCUGCCAGCUGUGCUAGCACCCUGCGCACGCUCAGCGUCAAGUGCCACGUCCACGAACCUCACAGCCAGGUGGUGUGGGGUUUCUCCUGGGCCAAGCUGGCCAGCCGCAGCUCGGACCUGCGCGUCAACUUCUACUUCGAGCGGCUGAUGAAGAGUGACCGUCUGAGCAGGAUCCUACUGCCGGAGAUCCCCAUCCGCAGCCUCAGCUUGACCAACUGCUACUUCGGGGACGCGGACUGGACUGUGAAACCCACGCUGGUCGAACUCCUGCCAAAUUACAAGGCUUCUCUGCAGAGGCUUACCUUGGAUUUUAACAACAGCCACGAGUCUAUCGAUAACGAGCUCCUGGGGCUGAUUUUGUUGUGCAGUAAACUGUAUUACCUGAAAAUCUGGGCUUUUCUUGAAGUCAGAUUCAUUGAGACAUUGCUGCAGAACCGACAAGAGAACAAGUGUGUGUUCCGCACCCUCAAGGUUCGGAUUUACACACAGAGAUACGAGACGAACGAAGAGGACAGUCUUCUGCAACAGGUCCAGUCGCAGUACAGGGAGCUGAUCGACAACGAACUGAACUACUUUGUCAUCCCCUACCCCUUGAUGUAACACACGUUGCAAUGCAGUGGAGCUAAACACUGCAGAGUCACAUAGCCACACUCAGCUGCAAUCCCCAGGCUAAAAUCAAACAUCACAGGGUGGGAUCUCUGUUUAUUAUGAGUACUGACAGAACAUGAAACACAUCCAAGACCAGUUACAGGAACAGGGAUUUUCAUUGAAAGAAUUGACUCUGGUCACUCACUCACUCGAUGCUGUUGAAAAUAAAGAAUUACCGGUAAGACUUCGCCACAACGCCACUUCUAGAAAUGAGUUUGGGAUUUUAAUUUCUUUUGCCCAAACUGCAUGACAUUACAUCUCUUAUACA